CCCAUCAUGCCUCGGGUGUCGUUCGCCCCUCCCUAUCUGUGCCUCACCUUUCUCCCUCUGCUGGAGCGCCUCCUCCCCUCACUUCCCCCGACGGUGCGAGACGUGGACGUCCCCCCUCGGUUCCGGGAGCAGUUCAUCCUGUCCGGGUAUCGUCCGGUGGACUUGUCCUGGCGCUGUUACGUCCUCAGUCUCUUGCAGAUUCACAACGAGACGCUGAGCGUGUGGAGCCACCUGCUGGCCGCAGUCUACGUGCUAGUGAGGUUCCUCGUGUUCGCCGUCCUCCAGGGGGGGGGGAUCCUGGGAGUCAGGCUGCAGGGCCUUGAAGGUCAGGGCUUCUCCGUGGACGUGUCCUCGCUGCCUCUGGUUCUCUACGUCUUCUCCACUGUCACGUCCCUGAGCUGCAGCGCUGCAGUUCGCCUGCUUCACUCCGAGCGGACGCACCACUCGCUCUUCUUCCUGGAACACGUGGGCGUGGCCGUGUACCAGUACGGCUGCGCUCUGGCUCUGUGUCUCUACAGCUCCGACACCGCCUGGACGCAAAGCAUGCUGGGACAGAUCUUCCUCCCAGUUGUCGCCGUAGUCGUCUGGCUCUCCUGCAUCAUCUGCUGCUACGCUGACCUUCACCUCCACCGACCGUACCUGUGGCACAGGAGGAUCUGCCAGGUGGUUCCGAGGGGCGUGGCCUUCCUGCUGGUCAUCAGCCCGGUCACCCACGGCCUGGCCAGCCACAACUGGGCAAACCCUUCUACUCUUCCUCUUCACUUCCUGCAGGUGGCACUAUUUCUGCUCUCAGCCGUCUUUUUCUCUUGCCCCGUACCUGAGUGCUUCUCCCCCGGCCGCUACGACAUCAUCGGCCACAGCCGCCAGCUCUUCCACAUCCUCCUGUCUAUCUGCACACUUGUCCAGCAGGAGGCGCUGUUUGAGGACCUCCUGUGGCGGCGGCAGGCGCUAGUCAGGGAGUUCGGAGAAGAGCGCCUCCUGCUGGCCUGCGCCUCCUUCCUCGGCCUGACGCUUUGCUGUGUGAUGACAGCGCUCGUAAUAAAGAGGAGAACUCCUGUUCAGCUACUGAAAGAGGGAAGAUAGAAGAAGAGAUGGGGGGGGGGGGGGGCGUUGUGCACCCAAGCUUCAAAGGGGAUUUUACAUAUAAUCACAAAUAUAGAAACAAGAAGGUUCUUGGUUUGAGUUUGCACUUUGUACUCAAGCUGCUUCCCACAGUCCAAACACAUGCAGCCUGUUGUUUGGUAAUCGAAGAAUUGACCACAGACGUGAGAGUGAAUGGUGGUUUGUCCACUAGCGACCUGCAGGUGACCCUCUCACCCUGUGUCAACUGGGAUCGGCUCCAGUUCCCCCUGUGACCCAGUGGAAUAGAUACUGGAUACAAAAUAACAUCAUAAAGUUCCUGCGUAAAUAUUGU